AUGGCCGCACCAAAUGCUGGCGACAAGGAUCUUAAGGCAUUCCGAGAUUUCCUUACCCAGUACAAUACUGUUACGGAACAGUGCUUUGGUGCCUGCGUCAACGACCUUACUGCAAGGUUAAAGGAAGAGAAAUGCAGUAUUAACUGUCUCGACAAGUACCUCAAGAUGACUCAACGUGUUUCUCUUCGUUUUCAGGUAUCUUUUUCACUACUAGUAGCAGUCAAAAAUAGCAUUCCCAUUUUUUUACGUCUCUUAAGAUUCGUUAUUUUGCCGUUGUAA